CGUGCAACAUCAACAGGUUCCUGUUCAGCCUCAGCAAGUGCCGAUGCAACAUCAACAGCAACAACAUCACCAAGGGCAUCCUCAAAGGUCGCAACAGAUUUUGAAUGCCGCUAAUAUUGCACAAGAAAAAGAACAUAUAGCUGAACAUUUGGAACUACCAAUCGACACAAGCAAAAUGUCCGAACAAGAACUACAAUUCCACUAUUUCAAAAUGCACGAUGCAGACAACAACAACAAACUCGAUGGCUGUGAACUAAUUAAAUCCCUCAUCCAUUGGCACGAACAAGGCAGCAAAGAGGCCCACAACACCCAAGGAGGAGGCCACGCUCCUCAUGCCGAGGAAAAAAUCUUCUCAGACGAUGAACUGGUGUCACUGAUUGAUCCAAUUCUAUCGAUGGACGAUGCCAGUAAAGACGGUUACAUCGACUACCCUGAGUUUGUGAGGGCUCAAUCGAAGGCUGCUAAAGGAAACUAAUUAAUAAUAAAA